CAUAAGCUUGACUUAUAUUACGGGAUUACCGGUUAUGUCUAAGCCUAAUUUACUACCCGUGGUGCCCAAAAUAAUAGGAGAAACAUCCUGCAAGUUUGGCCCGAGCAAUAAUCAACUGUUUCACUUUAAAAAUAUUUUGUUUGAGAGGCCUUUUUACAAUUCUCGGGAACCUAACAUAAAAUCGGGAGUAAAGUAUCUUACAAGAAAGAGGAUUGGCCCUGAACUUGUUAAAUAUUACGUUGAUCCAGAUGUGCGUUUGGAUUUCCUUGCUGCACAAAGGUACAUGAAAAACAUCGGGCACAUAAAAUCUUUUGAAGAGAAACUGAAGGAUUACCCGUGGAAUUGUUUUAAAAAGCCGAAGCCAGCCAGAAAGAUUGCCUUAACUUCAAAAAAGAAGUCCAAAGCAUAAAAAUAUUGUACUGCGGAGCUUUUAAAAAUUAUUAUUUGAGUUU